AUGUCAUCAAAUGCGUCGCAGAAGCGAAGUAGCUUUGAAUUUCAAUCCGAAGAUUCAAUUCAUGUAGGGAUUAAACAUCCUAAAAUUACUGAAAGAAGUCAUGACAAAAGGAUUAUCAUUCUAUUAAUUAUUACUCCUAUCUGGACUUUACUGUUCACCUUAAUCCCAAUUUUUCUAAAAUUUCAAGGUUUUGCCGCUGAUAUAUAUCGGUACUUGGAACCUAUGAUUUCACUUCCGUUGCAAUACUAUAUCAUGGUCACUUCGGAAGUAUUUAUUGAUCCUACACAAUAUGGUCGAAAAUUUCUAUUUGGUUUAACGGAACGAUCGUUCUUAAACAUAUGGUUUUUGAUAGGCGCAGCGAUUUACGCACAAGGCUCCGGAAUUUAUUCGACGGCAAUUCUUGCCAAACACGCGAUUGAAAAUGUUUUAUUACCAAAUCCGGAAAUCGUACAACAAUAUCCCAAAUUUGAUGAAGUAGCUUACUAUUAUCGAGAAACCCUUCAACAUAUUAUUGGACUUUACUCGUACGCGACGGGAUAUGUGAUAAUGACUUUGGCACAAUUAUUCGCGUACCGUAGACAGAAACAUGAUGGAUUGGAUUCACGUAAGGGAAUCAUCGGGUGGAUAUUAGGAGGGAUUUUAUUCGGGAUAUUAAAUGCGUCGGUCGCAAUUGAAUUCCCUUUGGUAGUAAUAAUUUACAUCCUUUUAAUUGGAAUUUCACUCACAAUUUUCCUUCUCAAAUCCAAGGUUAUGUUUUCCAAGGGAAGAAGAUUAGUGUUACAAUCUUACUUAAUUGGUUAUGCUACAACUCUUGUGAUUGUUUUAAUUUGGAUUGCCGCUGUAGGUGGAUUUAAAGAUAAAAAGUCCGUCGGACUAUUUGUUAAAGGAGGCAGCAAUUCUACUAGGAAUUAA